ACCACCUUGAUAUUCUUCACAAAUCAAGUAGGCAUUGGCAUCCUCAGCUUACCAGGAAUGUUACACACGAUUGGCCUGAUACCAGGAAUCAUCACGAUCAUCGCAUUCGGCGUCCUGGCUACGUAUACCGCAUACAUCUUGAUUCAGUUCUAUCGACGCUAUCCUCAAAUCCGAGAUGUCGUUGAUGUCGGACGAAUUAUGGGUGGUCGAACACUGGAAAUCAUCGUUGGCAUCGCACACGUGUUGAAUCUCUGCCUGAUCUGCGCUUCGGCCAAUGUCACAUUAUCCAUCGCUCUCAAUACCAUCACAGAUCACGCACUGUGCACGGUCGGAUUCAUUGGCAUUCCGAUGAUCAUCUGCUGGAUACUGUGCAUGCCACGCACGUUUUCCUUUGCGGGCUGGUUCGGCAUACCAGCCACGAUCAGCAUUUUCACCUCAGUCAUCAUUGUGAUUAUCGCGCUCGCGAUCAAUGGUCCCAGUACCUCGACGCCAGGCUACCUAGGUGAACCCGCGAACGAACCACUCGUGAUGCUCCUCGGCCCAAAUCCAGCAGCAACAAUGAAUCAGCAAUUCGAAUCCGUCCUGAAUGUUGCUUUCGCAUAUGCCGGGAAUCAGGCCUUCAUCACUGUAAUGUGCGAAAUGCGCAAUCCAUCUAAGGACUAUCCGAAGGCGAUCAUCUGGCUCAAUGUCUUCGGCAUACCCAUGUAUGUCAUCGUCGCGUGUGUCAUCUACGCGAUGGCCGGACAGUACGUCGUUUCGCCAGCUCUUGGAUCUGCUCCUGGUGUAGCAAGUCAAGUCGCGUAUGGCAUCUUGUUUCCAACCAUGCUUGGCUCUGGACUAGUCUUCGGACAUACAGGGAUCAAGUAUAUGUACAACGUUGUGAUGGACAACAUCAUCAAGACACAGCACAAGCUGACCGAUAACACUUUCCUCACGUGGGGAGUAUGGCUUGGACUCGGAACGACGUUCUGGGUUACGGCUUUUGUGUUGGCCAAUGCCAUCCCGGCGUUCAACUCGAUACUGGCUAUCUCGUCUGCGCUCUUUGUCACUUGGUUCACAUUCGGCAUGGCCAAUGCGCAAUGGAUCUUCAUUAACUGGGGAUACCAAUUCUCUACCUGGCGGAAGUCUUCGCUGGCGAUAUUCAAUUGGUUCAUGAUCCUUGCUUCUGCUUUCUUGACAGUAUUUGGACUGUACACGUCCAUCUCUGACUUGAAUGCGCGUGUGCAGGAUCCAAAUGAUUCUCUGAAUGUGUUUACCUGUGCUGACAACUCGUUGUUCUGA